AUGAGAAUUCCCGAUCUUCAUCCUGAAGUACACUUGCAUGCAAUCAAAAGCGGCCUUCGACCAGAAAAAUUUCAGGAAGCCAUUGCAGUAGCCAAGCCAAAGACUUUAGCUAAGUUUCGAGAGAAGGCCAAGGGACAGAUCGAUAUUGAGGAGCUUCGCCAGGCUCGCAAUGCUGAAAAUUCGGCAACUACUAAAGACGACGAUAAACCUCGGGACAAUAAGAAGAGUUUCAAGCGUACCCUCCGUUAUGAGACGUACACACAGUUUAAUUCGAAAAGAGACGACAUUAUCAAAGAAAUUUUGAAUUCCAAGUUGAUUAAACCUCCUCACAAAGCUGGCAGUUAUCCUGAGCUGAGGAAUGUCGACAAGUCCAAGUAUUGCACAUUCCAUCAAAAGUAUGGUCACACAACCGACAAAUGUGUGAUCGCCAAAGAUCUUUUGAAACGAUUAGCAAGACAAGGACAUCUUGAUAAAUUCAUCUCAAUACAUAUGCAGAAAAGAACCGUUCCAACUUCAGAUCCAUCCCCUGCAGGAUCAUCAUCAAAGGACAAGGAAAAGGCCCCUGCUCAACUUAGGGGCAUAAUCAAUUGCAUUUCGGGCGGUUACGUUGAAGGAGGACAAACAAGCUCGGCAAGAAAGCGGACGUACAGGGCCAUGUUGACGCUUGGAGAUACCACCAAUAAUCCUCAACCAGUGUAG